CUCUCUCUCUCUCUCUCUCCUAUUUUUCCCAAUUACACGGUUUGGUUGGUUUCUUGAUUCGUUGUUUGGUAAUUGUUGAAAUUAGGGAAAUGGGUUGGUGGGUUUAGUACCCAAAAGCUGAAUAUAAAGAAGAAGAGUGACAAAGAGAAGUACGAGAUUUAGUUUAGCUACUGUGGUCAUUCGUUUGAAUAAAAAUUUCACUCAUCCAUGGUUGUCUCAUAAAAAAUUAAAUUGGGCAAGAAACAGCUUCAAAAUCUAAGCGUUGUUGCGCAUAUAGAUAGAUGGCAAUGACUGGUGAAAACAAGGACAUCAAAAUUCCAGGCUCUUUGGGUUAUCACUCUCUGGAAACCCUAGAUCGUGGUUGUCAUCUUCCACAGCAAGACCAGCUGAUUCAACAACAGUCACAGCGAAGUUCAAACCCAGAAAGGUUCUCAGGCGCUGGAGUCAUCAGUACCGGUGCAACAAGUGCACCAAUUUCCGGCCGAUCUGAAUCAAAAACACCAUCCAGAGCGCCAUCAAAGUAUCGAGAAUGCCUCAAGAACCACGCGGCAAGCACAGGUGGGAAAGUCACCGACGGCUGUGGAGAGUUCAUGCCUGGCGGCGUGGAAGGAACGCUAGAAGCUUUGAAGUGCGACGCUUGUAACUGCCACCGCAACUUCCACCGUAAAGUAAUCAACAACGACGCCGUUUUGGUGCAUCCACUUCAGCUGACUCCACCAUUGCCACCUCCGUCAGUUAAUCACCAUAGGACAAUAUCACUGGGUACGCAAAGUAACCACUGGACUUCCAUUGUUCAACCUGUGAAAAUGGCAUUUGGGUUUGGUGGUGGAAGUGUAGCUACAGACUCAUCAAGUGAACAAGAGUUCAAUUUCAACCCGUUUCAGCCCAAUUCAGUGGCGCCGCCACCACCACCAUCGUCUGUUACGGCGAAGAAGCGGUUUCGGACAAAGUUCACUCGGGAGCAAAAAGAUAAGAUGUUGGAGUUUGCAGAGAAGGUGGGGUGGAGGAUUCCCAAGGAAGAUGAUCCUGCAGUCCAAAGGUUUUGUGCUGAAUUUGGGUUGAAGAGACAGGUUCUCAAGGUUUGGAUGCACAACAACAAGAAUUCCGUAAAGAAACAGCCGCAAGAACCAUUGGAGUCAAAUGCAGCUGAAUGAGUAGUUUAGUAGAUUGGUGAAUUUAUGUAUAGAGUUGAGAUGGAUUAGAGAACAUCAUCUGAAUGAAAAUCCUUUAGCUAGAUUUGACUAUGUUUUUAUAGGUUUUCUUACGGUCUUUGCUCAAGAACUUAAUGAAGGAUUGGCUUGGGUACGUCCAUUGGGAGUGGAGUGUCGCGAAUGUACGAAAUGUUUGUUUAAGUGACUUUUUUUCUGCAUGAAUCUAUGAGAAAGAAUGGAGGAUCAGACGUGAAAUAGAGUGAAUUCAUGUACAUCAG